AUGCCGAUGACCCUGCCGGGAAUUGAACACGUGAGGAUCACGCCCGGGAAUCAUGCCGUCCCGAGGGAAGGAGCACCCUCUCCCAGACCCGGAGAGCAUCCCGACCUAUUUCCAGUAGCCGCCCAUCCAGUAAUCGACCAUCCGCCAACCAGGACCGCACCGUUCCCGGCCGCUAGGCCGAGCCGCAGAAUUGCCUUCAUGGACCAGCAACCCACCACGACCAGGCACCCAAAGCCCCAAGGCACCAGAGUACGAAUUCCUCCGUGCGCACUCAUCGAGGAGGUCAAAAGAACGGGCCCCCGUCAGUGCCUCAUCCGAACAGCAACAGCGCCAAGGAAGGACCCCCCGGUGAUAGGGGUACGGAUCCAGCGGUUCUCCGCCACUAAAGCCCGGAAACUCGCCGCACUCCUGGCAGCACCACCAUCACGACCGGGUAUACAUCGACCGCCUCCGGCACUACCCGCAAGUCAGAAGACUGCGACACCGGCAAGACCAACAUCGCCGGCUGCCGUCCCGACUACGCCUCCGGUCGACGCUACCAAGCCGGAACAACCGAAGCAGCGAUUGACUCACGGCCAGGGGAAAGCCAGCCUAAUGGAGAUCUUCGGGGAUACACUCUCCGACUUAGAGGACGAAAACUCCGCAACACCGGCAGAACCAACCCGUGCCAAAAUGACCACCGUCACGAGGCGUCCGGCUCCGACGGAGACAUCCGCCGCACCGAGAGGCGCCACAACGAGCCUCACCGAGGAAGCACCAUACCAGACGGAGCGACCAGCAUGGACACCGACACCCGCGCCGCCAAGGAACGUGCUCCCGACCGCGACCAACGGACACGCAACCGCCAACCACCGAGCCCUUCCGUCUGUACCAGUGCGAGUGCGCGACGACUUAAUUAUACACGUGCCGUACCACGCCGCGAGAGUAUCGCGAGUGUAUAAGGUGCGGCUGGCAACGCCGGUAUACACUGCGCUUUGA